AGCAGGCGGGAGUACAUCUUAACCAUGGCAAAGCCUACGUUAAAGUUGUGCAUGUGUUUAUGCUUGGUGUUAAACAGCAUAGUUCUCAUCUGCAUUUUGUGCAUAGCUGUCUUGGAUAAUCAAGGAUGUUCAGACGAGGAUUUCCGAAAAGCUGCUGUAGCUGCCGACUCAGAGAUGUGUUCGAAGAUAGGGCGGGAUACAUUGAAGCGGGGUGGAUCAGCGGUAGAUGGCGCUAUUGCUACUCUGGUCUGCACGUCCAUCAUUCACCCGCAGAGUAUGGGCAUCGGCGGGGGUUCAAUAUUUACUAUCCGUGACAAGGAAGGAAAAGUGAAAAUCAUUAACUCUCGUGAGACAGUUCCUAAAGUAUUCAACUCUAAUUUGAUGUCAAAAUGCUCAACGCCCUCCAAGCCUUUUAAAUCAGAAGGUAAAUAUUGGAUUGGAGUUCCUGGAGAGAUCCGGGGUUAUGCGGAGGCCCACAAACUCUUCGGGAAGCUGCCCUGGGCCAGUCUGUUUGAGCCCACCAUCAAGAUGGCCAGAGAGGGAUUCCCCCUUCCUCAUGUGCUGGGCCGCUUCUUAGUGGUUCUAGAAAACAGUACACUGCCCAUACGGAAAUUAUUUGUUGACAAAGAUGGUAAGUUACUGAAAGAAGGAGAUACGCUGAGGUUUGAGAAACUGGCUGAUACUCUGGAGAUUAUUGCAAAAGAAGGCGGGGAAGCAUUCUACAAGGGAGAAAUAGCUAGAAACCUCAUCAGUGACAUCCAGGAAGCAGGUGGGACAUUGUCCCAGGAAGAUUUGGACUCGUUUAAGGUUCAGGUGUUGGACGCGUGGAAGCUGCCGCUAGGAGACUACGACAUGUACAUUCCACCUCCACCAGCUGGAGGCGCAAUUCUGAGCUUCAUAUUGAACACCAUGAGAGGUUACAAUUUGACACCAGCAUCUCUUGAAGGGGAGCAGAAGACGCUCAUGUUUCAGCGAUACGUGGAGACCUCCAAAUUUGCCAAUGGACUGAGGAGAUUUCUCAGAGAUCCAAGAUUCACACCCUCUGAGCCAGCAUUGGCAGCAAGUAAGGAAGAGUUUGCGGAUAGAAUAAGAGCGAUGAUCCAUGAUGACCGCACCCACGAUGACCAGUACUACAACGUGACGCCCUCUAUGGAUUCCGUGGGUACCACACACGUAUCAGUGCUGGCCGAGGACGGCAUGGCUGUGUCCGUUACUAGCACCAUCAACCACAUAUUUGGGUCCAAAGUCUUCUCUCCCAAAACUGGCAUCAUUCUGAAUAACGAGCUGUCGGAUUUCUGUGGCAAGGCCAGCAGCAUUCAGGCAGGUGAACAACCUCCCUCGUCCAUGUCUCCCUCCAUCCUCCACUCCAAAUCUAGGAAACACACCAUGGUGGUCGGGGGAUCAGGGGGUAGCAUGAUCAUCACUGGCAUGGCUCUGACAAUCAUGAACCAUCUCUGGAUGGGAAAGAGUCUGAAGGAGGCGAUAUCUGCUCCUGUGGUGUUUGUGAGCUCCGCAAAUACACUAAGCUUUGAGCCAGCGUUUGACAAGGUUGUUGUGGAGAAACUUCAAUCCUUUGGCAACAAAGUGGAGAAGCGGAAUAUGUUCUUCAACGUGAUUAAUGCUAUAUCCAAAAAGGAUGGAUGCAUCAGCGCCGUGUCGGACGAUCGGAAAAAGGGAAAAGCGGCUGGAUAUUAAUUCUUCUCAUCACACUUGUGGAGUGGUUAAGGAAAAAUAUUCCAAGGGCUGUGUGUUCUCGUAAAGAGAGCAAAUUUAUCAACAAAGAAAAGAAAAACCCAAGGAGGCUUCUGGGAUUGAACGCACAAGUCAAACCACUGCUGUCCUCUGACUGGCCUUGGUGCAGAAUUACGUGAAAGAAAAUCACUUGGCACAUCAAUUUACCUCAGGAAUCACAGAUUACAGAUUCAAUCCAUUUCAUAACUUCAAGAUCAUAUCACUCCAAGUGACCACCACCACCACCACCACCACCAACCUGGUAAAUGCUUGAAAGGUUGUGCGAAGCGAAUGCUCUUGAGCGAAGUGAAUGCUCUUGUAUUCGUGUUAUCAGUGAGGGGUUGUGAGAAGCAAGCAGCAGCUGGCAGUCACAGUUGUGCCUUCACUGUGGGACAGAAAGAAUAGGUCUCGGUCUUAUCACUAAAUUCCAACCUGUAGUUAAAAGAAAACUCCAGAGAUAUUCCACAUAGAUCUCUGUUUCUCAAGGUCACCGAGUACUGUUGAUAGGAAAUAAAAUGAAAAAAAAAAAAAAACUCUGGGGGCAUGCUAAAGAUGCCCCCAGAGUGUAGCACUGUAGCUACCUUGUUGCUCUAGCUAUUGGCAGCAGGAACUCAAACUAUCGAUAGAUUUUUGUGUUUUCAUUCGGACCUACAGUUCUCAGUGACCUUGACAACAGAGAUCUAUGUGAAAAAUUGCGGAAUUCUCCUUUAAAGCAACACUAAAGCACUUUUCCUCUGUCGCACACACGCUAUUUGCUUAUUCAGCAAAUAACAGACAAGGUAGAAUAUGUUGCAUGAUUUUAUGAAAGUAUGAUGUAUUGCGACAUCGAAGCUGGUCAAAUUUGUAGUUUCUGAUGUCUCAUUUCAUCGAACUACAGAUACACUACCCCACCUCGUAAAGUUACAUAGUGUGGUUAUAGCCGAUAGAGGGCCGCGAAGUGAAAGCAGAAGUGCCGUUCACCCUGUUACGAGUUGAUGAACUGCUGAAAUGAUUUUGUAAACAUUAUUUUAAGGUACGAAAAACUCUUUAGUGUUGCUUUAAGUGAAGGCUAACACAUCCCUCACCAUUGUGGCAUUAGUAUGGGAUAAGGGUAAAACAUUAUUUUAAUUUUCUAGUGUGCACCCAUGCUGUCAUUUUGUCCUCCCAAUUAUGUAUUGUAAUCAUAGUUUAAUGUAUGAUUUGUUUGAACCAAUACACUGUUAGGACAUAAGGACACUGUACAAACACUCCAGAUUUGAAAAUGACAGUGGAAUGACAGAUUUGGUAAAUAUAGGAUACAAAAGUAACUUUUUUUUAUGCAGUAAAAUAUAUCGUAAGGCCAUGAAACUGAAAUAACUGAAAUAUGGUUGUUUGUUUGGAGAAAAGGCUAGGUAUGUAAGUGCCAGUAAUUAAGCCUGUCCUGAUCUGUAUGUAGAGUAUCUGAACUGCCUUGAAGCAAACAUCUACAGUAUAUAUAUUGCAGUAAUUGUUCAAUCAACUCAACAAAUACUCCUUUACUUGUAGAUGCCGAGAUUAGAGAGACGAUACACAUUUGUGUAUUUGAAUUGCUUGACACAUGUGAUGGGCUGUUGACUGAAAAAUGAUGGGGUCUUUUGAGGUUUUCCGUCCCUCAGGAUGUUGUCCUGACUGACUCAUAGCUAUGUUUAGGCUCCAACACUGCCGUCCUCCGUUUUAGGGAGAGGAGACACGGUUUGCCAUAUGGCAGGGUGGGAGUGUGGGCGCGGGGGCAAACUUGUCUCUUAACCCUUGGGCCACACGGAAUAGGCCUCAGCUUGUCUCGCUCUGUGUGUGUGGGUUGGGGGAUGAGGGUGAGGGGGCGCAGGUGUAAAAACCUGAAAUAUGAGAAACUGAUUGACAGCCAGGCAGUAAAUCAACACAGCCUGCCACCUGCGCACCAUCCUUUUUUUUUUAACAAAAAAGAAAAAAUCUGUCACCAUCCUUGUCUUCCUCACUACUCUCUCUCUCUCUCUCUCUCUCUCUCUCUCUCUCUCUCUCACACACACACACACACACACACACACUCCAGCUUGCUCUCUUGCUCUUAGACUCUACUCAGCAUUCAGUCCCAUUACAUUGCUCACUACAGACACACACACACACACACACACACACACACACACACACACACACACACACACACACACACACACAGAGAGAGGGAGAGGGAGAAAGUCGUGCCAUGUGUCUGUGAGAAGCCUGGAGAACAGGAUUUAGCCUGUGAGUCACCACUGCAGGCUUAGCUGCAAGCUGUUUUCUCCACUCGUGGAUUUCUCGAGAGUGUGACUGUCACUCCUCUGCGUACGCCUUGUGUGUGAGUAGGGUUGUGUGUGUGCGUGUGUGUAUGGGGGGAGGGGGGGGCAUAUUAUUUGGCAUGGUGUUUUGAAUGUGUGUGGGUUUUUCUCUUUUUUAAAUGAAAUAUUCUCAUAACGACACUUAAUCGGUGUUUAAGGAAGUCUUUCUUUAAGGCCGCCAUGGCCGGCUGUUAAACAUGAACAUGUUAUGAAUGUGAAAAUGUACAAGUACCAUCUAUUUAAGCCAAUAUCUAUUGUGACUUAAUCAUAUUGUUAUUAAUAUUAUUAGUUUAUUCAUUAAAAAUGUAGUCAGCCGUAUAUAUUUCUUUCUUUUUAAAAUCUGUACUACCAUGAGAAUUCCUGUGUAUUUCUCAGCAACAGCUGAUGAUUCUACUGAAAGCAAAACUGAAUUGAAUGUAGACCUUCUUUAUAUCAAUAAGAAAAUGUUACCAUUUAUAAAGUGGUAUAAAUUGUGUCUUAUUUCUUGUAUCAUUUCUUGUAUUGCUUUGAAUAAUUUAAUGCCUACUGCUGUGAUCCUACUUACAAACAUAUAAGCAGUCAGGAAUAGUUUGAUUUCUCUUCGUCUUCAGUGCUUGU